AUGACAUUAAAAUUGCAAAGGCUUGGCGAAGAUUUGAUUCAUGAGCAUAUCUGUGAGCGUUAUAUCGAGUUGGCUUCCAGGACCGAAUCUUUGAAGCAAGAUUUGGGUAUCUUUGAUAGGACUCGGUCAGAUAUAUCCAUCGAUAUAGAGCCACCACCGAGAACUUCAAAGAAGAGGACAAAGAAGAAGCUACCGCCUACGAUACUCGAUGACAGGUACAAUCUCACAGUCGAACAAUCCAUAACUUCUCUUCAUUCGAAUCGUGACAACAGUAACUCUACUACCGGCUACGUACUGUGGUCCACUACUCCAUUCUUUUUAAAAUGGCUACUCUACGAUCCGCAGGCUAUUUCGUUUAGACAAGGUGGUAUUGUUGAUGCUAAUGUCAUCUACGGUAUGCUGAAACCUUCGACGGGCAUUUUGGAGUUAGGUGGUGGAACAGCUGGCAUCAUGCCAGUGGUUCUUGGAAACUACGUCGGCACAUACAUUUGUACUGAUCAAAGAAGUCUUAUCAAUAGAAUGCAAUCAAACAUAAAAAAUAAUCUAUUGCAAUUGAACAAGAGACGUUGUGUGUCAAAGACAUUGGGUUUCGAACCACAAUUUGAUGACGAUGAACCUGCGGUAAACUUGGAGACGAUGCCUUUGGAUUGGGAAAAAUUCCAUCUAUCCCAUUCUACAACCCCUGCUGAACUGCAGCCACUAGCAAAAUGCUCUACAGUUUAUAUUGUUGCCAUGGAUGUGAUCUAUAAUGAUUACUUGAUUGAUCCAUUCUUGAGGACCCUGAGCCUACUCUUGAAAUUUUAUCAAAUAAAAAAAUACAAUACCCAUUGUCUCGUUGGCAUACAUUUAAGAGCUCAAGAGGUGGUCACAGAAUUCCUUGAAAAAGCAGUCCUAGAGUUUGAUCUGCCGUUCAGCUAUAUACAGAGCGAUUCGCUUGAUAGUUCAAGAUUUAGUCUAUAUUUCAUGUAA